CUCUUGUUGUUCGUUUUUGAUGAAAUAAUAAUUAAAAAAAAAGAGUGAAAAAGGAUUCUUGCUUUGUGCACAUUUGGACUCUACGAAGAGACAAGGACACACCCUUUUCUGGGGAAGUUUUGGGGGUUUGAAGAUUAAAGAAAAGGGAAAAGAUGAUGGAGGGUUUGUGGACAAUGCUCUGUGGGGAGUCUGCUUGUUUGGAUGGAGAUGGAAAGCCAUGCAGUUCAAAUUUUGUGCUUUUCAAGGAUCCCUAUUCAUGCAUUAAUCAUGCCUUGAUAAUUUGUUUUGAUAUAGUGCUCUUAGUCUUGCUCUUGUUUACUAUGAUUCAGAAGUCAUCAUCCAAAAUAGCUCAAAUUCCUGCUCGUUUUCAGCAUCGUUCUUCUUUGCAGAUGUUUUCUGCCGUUGUUAACGGUUGUAUUGGACUGGUGUAUUUGUGCUUAGGUAUUUGGAUUUUGGAAGAGAAGUUGAGGAAAAAUCAGACUGCUUUGCCUUUGAAACGGUGGUUGCUAGUGCUGUUUCAGGGCUUUACAUGGUUAUUGUUAGGUUUAACCGUGAGCAUUAGGGCAAAACUACUUCCUAGGAUACCAUUGUAUCUACUGUUUAUUCUUGCAUUACUGUUUGCAGGAAUUGUCAGUACCCUAUCCAUUUCUGCUGCCAUUUUAAAAAAAAUUGUGACGGUGAAGAUAGCAUUAGAUGUUCUGUCCUUACCUGGGGCAAUAUUGUUGCUGCUAUGUGCUUAUAGGAGAUAUCAGUAUGAAGAGAGUGAUCAGAGUGCAGAGGAAGCUGGCCUUUAUGCCCCUUUAAACACUCAGGCCAAUGGAAUUGGGAAAGCUGAUUAUGUGGACAAAGUUACUCCAUUUGCAAAAGCUGGUUUCUUCAGUAAAAUGUCAUUUUGGUGGUUGAACCCGCUGAUGAAAAAGGGUAGGGAGAAGACUCUUGAUGAGAAAGAUAUACCCAAGUUACGUGGAGCUGAGACGGCAGAGAGCUGCUAUUUGAGAUUCUUAGAGUUAUUGAACAGACAGAAACAGGCAGCACCAGCAUCUGAACCAUCCAUUUUAUGGACAAUUGUACAGUGCUACUGGAGAGAGAUCUUCAUAUCUGGGUUCUUUGCUUUGCUAAAGAUACUCACUCUCUCUGCUGGUCCUGUGCUUCUUAACGGUUUCAUUUUGGUCGCUGAGGGCAAUGCAAGUUUUGAAUAUGAGGGUUAUUUGCUGGCCAUAUCGCUUUUCUUCUCAAAGACUUUGGAGUCCUUAUCUCAAAGGCAGUGGUACUUUCGAAGCAGACUAAUAGGCUUGAAAGUGAGGUCUUUGCUCACUGCAGCCAUAUACAAGAAGCAGCUGAAACUAUCUAAUGCUGGUAGGCUGAUGCACUCUGGUGGUGAAAUAAUGAACUAUGUCACAGUUGAUGCAUACAGGAUUGGAGAAUUUCCUUUCUGGUUCCACCAAACGUGGACAACAAGCCUUCAGCUUUGUAUUGCAUUAGUAAUUCUCUUCCGUGCAGUGGGACUAGCAACAAUUGCAGCCCUGGUGGUUAUAAUCAUUAUGGUCGUAUCCAAUUCUCCACUCGCCAAGUUACAACAUAGGUUUCAAAGUAAGCUAAUGGCUGCACAAGAUGAAAGGCUAAAGGCUUGUUCGGAGGCUCUUGUGAAUAUGAGGGUGCUUAAACUCUAUGCUUGGGAGGGACAUUUCAAGAAAGUUAUAGAAAGUUUAAGGGAUGUGGAGUACAAGUGGUUAAAAGCAGUGCAAUUGCGAAAAGCUUAUAAUAGCUUUCUCUUUUGGUCAACCCCUGUUUUUGUCUCUGCUGCUACCUUUGGUGCAUGCUAUUUCCUGAAGGUUCCUCUGCAUGCCAGUAAUGUUUUCACUUUUGUGGCGACAUUACGUCUUGUUCAGGAUCCCAUUCGAACUCUACCUGAUGUCAUUGGGGCAGUCAUACAAGCUAAGGUUGCAUUUGGCCGUAUUGUAAAGUUCCUUGAGGCACCAGAACUACAAAGUGGGAAUGUUCGGAAGAAGCGCCAUAUGGAGAAUGCAGACCAAGCCAUUUCCAUCAAAUCAGCUAGUUUCUCAUGGGAGGAUAAUUCAUCAAAACGUACCCUUAGAAAUGUAAGUUUAGAGGUUAGGAUGGGUGAAAAAGUAGCUGUAUGUGGAGAAGUUGGCUCUGGCAAGUCAACCCUUUUAGCUGCAAUUCUUGGAGAAGUUCCUAAUGUCCAUGGAUCUAUUCAAGUAUUUGGGAGGAUUGCAUAUGUUUCUCAAACAGCCUGGAUUCAGACAGGAACUAUACAAGAGAACAUUUUAUUUGGCUCUUCCAUGGAUAGGGCACGAUACCAAGAAACACUUGAGAGGUGUUCCUUGGUGAAGGAUCUUGAGUUGUUUCCUUAUGGUGAUCUGACAGAAAUAGGUGAAAGAGGAGUCAAUCUAAGUGGUGGUCAGAAGCAGAGAAUUCAGCUUGCCCGUGCUUUGUACCAAAAUGCUGACAUAUAUCUCUUGGAUGACCCAUUCAGUGCUGUUGAUGCCCACACAGCUACAAGUUUAUUUAAUGAUUAUGUUAUGGAAGCACUUGCAGGAAAGGCAGUCCUCCUCGUGACCCAUCAAGUUGAUUUCCUGCCAGCAUUUGAUUCUGUUUUGUUAAUGUCAGAUGGGGAAAUCCUACAAGCAGCUCCUUAUCAUCAACUGUUGGCCUCAAGCCAAGAAUUUCAGGACCUUGUCAAUGCGCACAAAGAGACUGCUGGUUCUGGAAUAGUUGCUGAGGUUAAUUCCUCCCAGAAACAUGGAAAAUCUGGUAAAGAAAUCAAGAAGAGUUAUGUUGAGAAACAGUUUAAGGAAUCAAAAGGUGAUCAACUAAUCAAGCAAGAAGAAAGGGAAAAAGGAGACAUAGGGUUAAAGCCAUUCAUGCAGUAUCUCAAUCAGGACAAAGGCUUUCUGUUCUUCGGCAUGGCUGUUCUUGCUCACCUAACAUUUGUGACUGGUCAGAUUUCACAGAAUUCUUGGAUGGCUGCUGGUGUUGACAAUCCUAAAAUUAGCACGCUGAAAUUGAUUGCGGUUUAUUUGGUUAUUGGAUUUGCCUCAACUUUAUUUUUACUAUGUAGAUCUAUUUCCACAGUUACCUUGGGUAUGCGAUCAUCAAGAUCACUAUUUUCACAGCUUCUAACUUCCCUUUUCCGAUCACCUAUGUCUUUUUAUGACUCCACUCCUCUAGGAAGGAUACUUAGUCGUAUCUCCUCAGACCUGAGUAUUGUUGAUCUUGAUAUCCCAUUCAGCUUAAUCUUUGCUUGUGGGGCCACCAUAAAUGCUUAUAGUAAUCUUGGAGUACUGGCUGUUGUUACCUGGCAAGUCUUAUUUGUUUCAAUUCCAGUUGUUUAUGUAGCAAUUCGCUUGCAGAGAUAUUAUUUUUCCACUGCAAAAGAGUUGAUGCGUAUAAAUGGCACGACAAAGUCCUUGGUAGCAAACCAUCUUGCUGAGUCCGUAGCAGGAGCCAUGACAAUAAGGGCUUUUGAGGAGGAAGAGCGAUUCUUUGCAAAGAACCUAAUGCUCAUUGACACUAAUGCUAGUCCUUUCUUCCACAGUUUUACAGCAAAUGAAUGGUUGAUCCAACGGUUAGAAACACUCAGUGCAUCUGUUCUUGCCUCUGCGGCACUCUGCAUGGUUUUGCUUCCUCCUGGGACUUUUAGCCCUGGGUUUAUUGGAAUGGCUCUUUCUUAUGGACUUUCAUUAAACAUUUCCCUUGUUAUGUCAAUUCAAAACCAAUGCACUAUAGCAAAUUACAUAAUCUCUGUUGAAAGACUUAACCAAUACAUGCAUGUCCCGAGUGAAGCUCCUGAAGUGAUAGAGGGGCAACGACCCCCGCCGAGUUGGCCAUCUGUUGGGAAAGUGGAUAUCUAUGAUUUGCAGAUCAGAUAUCGGCCUGAUGCACCACUAGUACUUCGAGGCAUAAGUUGCACUUUCCAAGGGGGGCACAAGAUUGGUAUUGUUGGCAGAACUGGCAGCGGGAAGACUACUCUAAUCAGUGCUUUAUUCCGCUUGGUGGAGCCUGCUGGAGGAAAAAUCAUAGUAGAUGGUAUUGACAUCACUAAAAUUGGACUUCAUGAUCUGAGGUCACGAUUUGGAAUAAUUCCUCAGGAUCCAACUCUUUUUAAUGGGACUGUGAGAUACAAUUUGGAUCCUCUGUCCCGACAUACUGACCAGGAAAUAUGGGAGGUUCUUGGUAAGUGUCAGCUUUGGGAAGCUGUUCAGGAAAAAGAAGGGGGAUUGGACUCCUUAGUUGUGGACGAUGGAUCAAACUGGAGCAUGGGGCAAAGACAGCUUUUCUGUUUGGGCCGUGCCCUUCUCAGGAGAAGUCAAGUAUUGGUGCUUGAUGAAGCAACUGCAUCGAUUGACAAUGCAACUGACUUGAUUUUGCAAAGAACUAUUAGGAUUGAAUUUGCUGGUUCAACUGUUAUCACUGUGGCACACAGGAUACCAACUGUGAUGGAUUGCAACAUGGUUCUCGCGAUCAGUGAUGGAAGAAUUGUGGAGUAUGAUGAGCCGAUGAGGUUAAUGGGGAGAGAAGGGUCGCUAUUUGGGCAACUUGUGAAGGAAUAUUGGUCUCAUUACCACUCUGCAGAAUCACAUUGAAGCUUCAGAGAUUUUUUCUCGUGUAUCUCUUUUUACUCUGACUAUUAGCACUUCAGAGAUGGAAAGCAUGUAAUUUUAUGGUGUGUAGGUCCAAAUAACACCACAUGCAGCAUUAGAGAAAAAGGACAGUUGCAUUGGUGUUUUCAAACAAUCAUAUGAAUGUAUCAUUAGUUUCUAAGUGAAAAAUAAUUUCCCAAUUUUUUC